UGCAUUCCAGAGAGACAAGGAGCUCCUGAUAACCCAGCAACCGGAGGGUCAGGACACUCAUCGAAUAUGUCUGGCCUUUGCCUCCUGCUCCUUGCUUCCAUUUUACACCAUCUAGCUGGCUACCAACACCAGGAGGACGACAAUUUGCUCUUUUACACGGACUCGCUUGAAGACAGCCCCCAAGCUGAAGCCGAGGCCUGCCCAUGUCGUAAGGACCUCUCACAUUGGGACAAGGCGUUUGUGAUGCUGGAAGACUCCCAAAUGCGUCAGAACAUGCUCCUGCAUUCUGUCGACCAGGUCCUGGCUGGUGAACUGCGUGCGGUGCGCUCCGAGGUACAAAAGGCACUGGCUGAGGGCUCUGAGGUCUGUGGGCAUGCCUACCAUCGCCUGAAGGAUACGAUGAGUGCCCGUCUUGCCAAGCUGUUGGAACGGGCGCAUGAGGGUGCACUCAAAUGGCAGUUGGAGCAUACCAACAAACUGAAGGAGGUCUUCCUCUUGGUGCUGGGCCUAUACGAAAGGCUCGAGAUGCUCGAUAUGCACCUGGUGAAGUCAGAGGCCAGCAAGGUAACGUCAGGCAGGCAGACCAUGUGCACAUCACUCAUCGAGGAGUUGCGGCAAACCCGAGAUGAGAUGCAGACCCUGAGAUCUCAGGGACCUGCUCCACACUCAGAGACUCAGAGCCAGGAACCUCCAGGAGGAUGCCAGAGGGCAUUGACAUUUCCCACUCACAUGAAGGGGACACAGGCCAACAUUCUCCCUGCAGACAGCCGCAACCUCCUCACCUUCACCGCCUGCAUCUGGGCAAAUCCAAGCAGCACAACGGAGGAAGCAGUGCUGUUCUCCUACUGCGCUGAAGGAAAUGGCACCGGAUUCCAGCUGUACCUCAGCCGAGGCUCAGUCUGGUUCUCGGCGGACUCUGCUGAAGUACACACUCGCACAGGCCUCUCGGGAAAGUGGACGCACUACUGCGGGAUCUGGGGUGGCAACUUUGGGAACAUCACGUUGGUAGCCAAUGGUCAGGUGAUGGCUUCACGCAGCCUUACCACCGGGUUGCACACAAUCCCUGGCGGAGGAGCUGUGCAGCUGGGCCAAGUAAACGCCAAAUGCCAGGCAGGCGAGAACGCCAAGGUACCCACUGCGUUCACUGGAAAGCUGACAGGCUUUAACCUGUGGGACACAGCCAUCUCAGAGAUGGAGGUUAGCCUUCUGCUGCAAAACAAUGGGUGUGACUUCAAGGGGAACAUGGUGGGGUGGGAUGUUUCUCCAAUUACCGUGGGGGCUGGGGUGCUGAUCGAGUAGAGAAUCAUUCUGAUAUACACGUUAACAGAACUUUAUAUCACAGAUUCAAAAAAAAAACAAAAUCCCUCCUCCCCCACCACAAAAAAAACUUACAGCAGAUAUUUUAUAAAAUGAAAAAUGGUCUUGCAUCUGGUCAGGCAGCCAUUUUGAAAACUAUCUCAUUUGGCGCCCGGCCUAUCCGAUGUUAUAAAACCAGUCAUACACCACACAAAAAAAAAACAGUUGAAACAGUUCAGCAAACAAUGGUGCAGUUAGAAAGUACCUCAGAGUACACUUGCUUGGGGUUACGUUUUAAAGUCACUUCCUCAUAGCACCCUGUUCCACCUGGAUACACAGGGACUGCAGGGAGAUCGAUUCAUGGACACACUCCCCUGUUUGUCCAGAAAUAGAAACCAGAGAAGAAUGCUUACUGUGCCCCCCAACCAUCCCGAAUGUUUUGGUGUCCCCUUCACAUGGGUAAAGUUAUUGAUGCAAUGGGGAUUUUUUUAAUAUAAAUAUAUAUAUACACACAUACACACAAAAUAUUCUUACGAACUAGCACAACAAAUAAAAUAUUUGCUUUUUAAUAUAACAGCAUGCAAAGUUUCCCACCUCAUAGCUUUGUGUCGUUGAAGUUAUGCAUGUUUAAGCCUAUCUACAUAAGUGUAUUGCCAAUGUUCUGGCAGAAGUUGAAUGUUACUGGAAGAAGCUUACAAGGUAUUCACAGAAACCGGAUGCAACUGAUCCACGUCUCCCUCAAACCUUAAUCGAUGCUACUCCCCCGACCACUCACUAUACAGUGACUUCCAUAUUGUCCCACUCACUGGGAAUUCUCCUGAAUUCCUGAUGGAAUUUCUUGGCGACUAUUUUCCUGGGUUCUGCCCCUCCCCUCACUUGAGGAAACAUCGUCUCUACCAGUAUCUUUUGUCAACUUGCCUUCAUAACAUUUGUCGCUUCCAACAGGUCACCCUCUCAGCCUAGAGAAAAAAGUCGCACUGUGUAAGGCGAUCCUUUAGCAGUAAUGCCAAUAGAAGAGCAAUCCAGGGGCAGGCUAACACUCUAAGGACAUAGAGUCAUGUGUGGAAAUUCUACCAUUCCAGCUGGUGUAACUUUAAAUUUAAUUAAAGAAUUUGAAAUUAAAAGCAACUUUCAGUAACAGGGACUAUGAAAUGAUCACCAGUUGCUGUAAAAACCUAACUGGUUGACUAAUGUCCUUUAGGGAAGGAAGUCGAUCUUACCAGGUCCGGAACUACACAGGACUUCAAUUUGGUUGAUUCUGAACAGCCCUCUGAAGUGGCUGAUUACAGCCACUCAGUUCAAUGGGUAAUUAGGGCUGGGCAAAUGCCAACUGUGCCAGCGAGGCCCAAAUCCAUGAAAAAGUAAUUAAAAAAAAGUUAUACCUCAGUAUGGAAAAUAUUGGUGUGGCAUGGAGCACAGGUAACCUUUCCUAAGAUUGAACACAUAGAGGAACAAGGCCUCCGAGUGAAACAAACUGGACACAAUCAACAGGAAGAACAGAUGAACACAGUCCCCAAUAACUCAGAGGCUCAAGUUUAUUUGAGUUUUGCCACGUGUUUUACUAAACAUUUAAAAUGGACAAAAAAAAAAAUCAACCAUUUAAAUAUUUUUCCUAUAAUGCACUUAUUUGAAUAAAAAUGACUGCCACAAAAA